AUGCCCAAGGAAAUCCGUGACAUCAAGCAAUUCAUUGAGAUUGCCAGGAGAAAGGAUGCCACCCAAGCCCGCAUAAAGAAGACACAAUCCAAAAUCGCUGGCGGCAAAGUCCAAACCAAAUUCAAAGUACGGUGCUCAAGGUACCUAUACACACUCUCUGUAGACGAUCCGGAGAAGGCGGAUAAGCUCGCGCAGAGUCUUCCCCCUGGUCUUACAGUUGUCGACCUAUCAAAAGCCACACCAAAGAAGAAGUAA